UGUGCAGUCAUGAUGGUUUCUCAUGGCUUAUAUGGGACCCUGUGGAUGUUGUCGUGUUUUGGUCUGUUUUUAAGUGAAGACCUGCAGUUUUCUGGUCCGGCUAAUGGAGCAGUAGGAGGAAGUGUGGUGUUCGCUCCUGAUAACCCGCCCUCCACAUCAAAUGAUGCAGUUCAGUGGCAUUUUGGAACAGCUAUUAUAGUGACAGCACUGUCUGAUUCAACUACAAUAGCCUCAGCAUACAGAGACAGAGUCAGUUUUGACAAAAACACUCUCGCUCUGGAGCUUUGGAACCUGACACUGAAUGAUUCUGGAAUAUACAGACUGACUGUAUUACCUAGUGCUGGAGGCCAACUUACAGGAGAAACUUUGCUACAAGUGCUCGAAAAUAUAACUAAUGUCAGGCUUAUUGGUCCAGAAGAAUCAUUAAUAGAGGGAGAAUCAUCUGCUAACAUCAGCUCUGAGGGAACUGGCAGCAUCACCUCUGUGCAGUGGAUGAAAGAUAACAGUCCUCUGUCUCCUAGCAACAGCAUCAUCUUCUCAUCUGAUAACAGAUCAGUGUCCAUCAGUCCAGUGCAGAGAUCAGACAGUGGAGAAUAUCAAUGUACAUAUAGAAACCCUGUCAGCUCUGAGACGGCAACACUCAACCUGACCAUCAACUAUGGACCAGAAGAUGUUUCAAUUAAGGGUGAAGAUGUGGUGGAUUUAGGGGUUCGUGUGUCGCUCUCUUGCUCUGCAAAUUCUGAACCUGCUGCCUCAUUCAACUGGAAGAUUAAUGGAACAGACACUGAUGUGACCACAGACACAUUCAUCAUAGAUGAGACUGACUUCACACACAGUGGAGAUUACAUCUGCACAGCCUGGAAUAGUGUCACAAAGAGAAGCGCCUCACAAAAACAUGCUUUACUAGUUAAAGUAGGAGGAAGAGGAGGAGGAGGGCUAUCAUCAGGGGCGAUAGCUGGGAUUGUCAUUGGGGUUUUAGUGGCAGUUGCAGGCAUUUGUGGUCUGAUUGUCUAUUUAACAAAAACUAAGAAAAUCUCAAAAAUAAACCUUCGACAAAAUGGACCGGCAAGAGGAGCAGCACAAAGCAGACAGGAGCCUGACUUGAACUAUGCAGACAUUAGCCAUUUCCAGAAGGCUGGUGGAGAGAGAGUGAAUCUGGGGAAUAAGAGUGAAUUUAGUACAGAGUAUGCAGAAGUAAAACAUGGAGGGAAGUCAAGGGCUCCUCCACCUCCCUAUGGAAGUCAGGUGCGGAAGUGAAGACACGGAAACACUGAAACCUACUGCACUGAGUCUUCCUGCAUAUUGCACAUUUCACACGUGUUGUGUUAUUUCUUUAAUUUAGUUUGAUUUCACUGGAUGUUGUUGUGUAAGUGAAACGUAAAACUUUUAUUAUUGUUUUGAAUUCAAGAUGGCUUGUUAGGCUGUGCAAUUUUUCUGUUUUCACGAUUAAGAUGGAGAGACAGGGGAGGGUUGUAACACUGCUCAGUUUAUUUUGAAUUUGUAUGCAAUUUUUCAACAUUUAUCUGAUACAAAUCGAUGUUGUUUCGAAAUCUACAACUUCUCUUGAAAUCUCUUCUAUUGUGUAAAAUAAUGUCAAGUACAAAAAGCCAUGUUAUUACAACAUAAUCACCUACCGGUGUGUGAUUUAACAGUAUAUUAACAGU